CAACAGCACAUGCUUCUCAAAGUCUGGAAUGACAACGGAAAGAAUACAGAAGAAAAGAAAAGAAGAAAAAAAAACACUCCCUCAUCUGUUCGCUUUUUUCUUCACUUCCUUACUACUCCCCCCAUCUCGCUCUCUCUCGGCUCUCCCUCUCUUCUAUUUAUUUCGCAGAAAACAUGAAGGAAAAGAGGAGCAAAUUCCAGCGUGGACCAACGUCAAGUGAAAGUUUCUCAUGAGCUGGGAUCACAUCAUUACAGAGCGGAUGGAAGGACAGGAAGGAAAAUAUCAAUUCAACUCCAUGCCAUGAUAAGCGCUUGGAUGAAUAAACAAUCGGGAAACUAAUAAACUACUGCGCGCGCUCGUGAAUGUGUGACAGUCGGGUUCGCGUGCGUUGUGCCCGCCGCGACUCGAGGCUCUGGGUCGGGUUCUGGUUCUGACUCAUUAAGGGUUUCAACGGCUACGGAAGUUUGGAGACUUGAAACCAAGAAGCAGAGGCGUCGCCACCCUUCGAUUCAACAGCCAUGGCCGGGGCGAAACCGGGAGUACACGCGCUACAACUCAAACCGGUGUCUGUCCACGAAGUGCUUAAAAAGGGGAGCAAGUUUAUCAAAUGGGACGAGGAGCCCAACAGUACACCCAGCCUUGUCACCCUCAAAGUGGACCCAGAUGGAUUCUUCCUCUAUUGGUCUGGAGGGACCAACAUGGAAGUGGAAAUCCUGGACAUCAGCCAUAUCAGGGACACCAGGACAGGGAAGUUUUGCAAGAUGCCUAAGGACCAGCGUAUGAAAGAUCUUUUGGGGUUGGGCAAAGGAGAAGGGAAUGUGGAGUCCAAGCUGCUAACUGUUGUCUAUGGCAACGACCUGGUCAACAUCUCCUUCCUCAACUUCCAAGCUGUGCAGGAUGGCUAUGCCAAGGUGUGGACUGAUGAGCUCUUUAAACUUGCCACGAACAUACUGUCCCACAAUUCUUCCAGCAACACCUUCUUAUUCAAAGCUUACACUAAGCUAAAUCUGCAGGUAAAUCAGGAUGGGAAAAUCCCUGUGAAGAAUUUCCUGAAAAUGUUUUCAGAUAAGAAGCGUGUGGAGACUGCGCUAGAACACUGCGGUCUCGUCAGUAACAAGGCCGACGGUAUAAAGCCAGAUGAAUUUACCUGGGACAGGUUCCAAAACUUCCUCAACAAGCUGAGUCCCAGACCAGAGGUGGAGCGCAUCUUUGUGGAGCUAGGCUCUAAAGGAAAGCCCUUCCUAUCUCUGGAUCAGUUGAUGGACUUUAUAAACAACAGACAGAGAGAUUCACGGCUAAACGAGGUACUUUACCCGCCGCUCAAACGAGAACAGAUCCGCCAGCUCAUGGAGAAAUAUGAGACCAACGCCAGCCAGCUAGAGAGGGAUCAGAUCUCCCUGAUGGGCUUCACAAAGUAUCUUGGUGGGGAUGAGAACUCUGUGGUUCCUCCUGAGAGGUUGGAUAUCAUCGAUGACAUGAAUCAACCUCUGUCACACUAUUUCAUCAACUCUUCACACAACACCUACCUUACAGUGGGGCAGUUGACAGGUCUGUCAUCAGUAGAGAUGUAUCGGCAGGUGUUGCUGACAGGGUGCCGCUGUAUAGAGCUGGACUGUUGGAAGGGCCGCCCACCUGAAGAAGAACCAAUCAUCACGCACGGUUUCACCAUGACCACUGAGAUUCUAUUCAAGGAGGUGAUUGAGGCCAUUGCUGAAAGUGCGUUCAAGACGUCUCCCUACCCCCUCAUCCUAUCCUUUGAGAAUCAUGUGGACUCAGCAAAGCAGCAGGCUAAGAUGGCAGAGUACUGCCGCUCUAUGUUUGGGGAUGCACUGCUCAUUGAUCCACUGGAGAAAUAUCCGCUGGUCCCUGGUCAACAACUGCCAAGCCCCCAGGAGCUGAUGGGGAAGAUUCUAAUCAAGAACAAGAAGAAACGUGAUCCCAAGGCAUCUAACGGAGGGAGCAUCCGACGCAAAGAUGGCAUGGAUGACCAGUCCUCACCUUUAAAUGAUUCUCCAUUGUCUGAUGGGGAGGUAGGCCAGCUCAUGUCCAAUGGGGGUGAGAAGCUUGGAGAGAGGAUGACCAAAGACCUUGAUAUCCGCAAAUCUAUUGAUCGUGGAGAUGGAGAGAGUGAUGAAGAAGAAGAGGAGGAACCCAUUCCCGAUCCAAAGAAACACAACAACACUGAUGAGGGUACUGCAUACAGUGAGGUGAACGCAACUGAGGAGAUGUCCACAUUGGUCAACUACAUAGAACCAGUCAAAUUCAAAUCCUUUGAGGUGGCAACCAAGAGGAAUAAAUAUUGUGAGAUGUCAUCUUUUGUGGAGACCAAAGGCAUGGACACUCUGAAGAACUCUCCCAGCGAGUUUGUAGAAUACAAUAAAAAGCAGCUGAGUCGUAUCUACCCCAAAGGGACUCGUGUUGACUCCAGUAACUACAUGCCACAACUCUUCUGGAACGUGGGCUGCCAGAUGGUGGCGCUAAACUUCCAGACGCUCGACUUGCCGAUGCAGCUGAACAUGGGUGUGUUUGAAUAUAAUGGGCACUGUGGUUACCUGUUAAAGCCGGAGUUCAUGAGACGCACUGACAAACACUUUGACCCAUUCACUAUGGAUAUUGUGGAUGGCAUCGUAGCCAACACAAUCAAGAUCAAGAUCAUCUCAGGGCAGUUUCUGAAUGAUAAGAAGGUCGGUGUUUAUGUGGAGGUGGACAUGUUUGGACUCCCUGCAGAUACUAAAAGGAAAUAUCGAACGAAAACCUCUAACAAUAACUCUCUUGACCCAGUCUGGAAUGAAGAUACAUUUGUGUUCAACAAGGUGGUGUUGCCUACCCUCGCGUCUCUGAGAGUAGCCGUCUAUGAGGAAAACGGGAAGUUUAUUGGACAUCGCAUCUUGCCUGUAUCGGCAUUGCGCCCAGGGUACCACUACAUCAGUCUGAAGAACGAGCUGAAUCAGCCGCUCAUGCUCUCCUCCCUGCUCGUGGACACAAAGGUGCAGGACUACAUCCCCAAUGAGCACCAAGAGUAUGCUGAGGCUCUGACAAACCCCAUCAAACAUCUCUCUCUGCUGGCCCAGAGAGAAAGGCAACUUUUAGCACUUAUGGAGGACCCCACAGAGGGUGGCCCUUCAAAACAAGAGGAAGGAGACAAGAUUGACUCGAGCUGCAUGACCUCUGUUGACCACAUUUUCCCUAUGCCUUCAACACUUCCUCCUGUAGUCAAUGAGGUCAUGAGCACACCUGCAUCAGGCCCUAAAGAAGAUCUAGUCAACAAUAUUCUUAAAGUCAUUGAACCUCAGUCUAUUGAACAGCUCAAGCAGCACAAUUCCUACCUAAAGCUGUUAAGGAAGCAAUGCAAGGAACUCAAGGAGCUGCGAAAGAAACACAUCAAAAAGGUGUGGGCUCUCAGUAAAGAUCAAAAGACUCGUUGUAAUCAGUUGAACUCGGAGCUACAGAGAAGAAGGAUUCAGCUGGAGAAACGUUUGCGCCCCAGUCUGAAGAAAAGUGGAUCUGAAGAGCAUGCACUGAGGGAACUUAACGAGCUGGAUCAGGAACUACAGAAACAGACGGAGAAGUUCAGACAGGAGCAGAUGCAGGAGCUUCUCGAUCUCCGACAGGCACAACAUAAGACAGAGACGGAGACUAAACACUGUCACCUUAAAGAGGCCAAUCAGAAGCUGAAGGAAAUCGCCCAAGAAUGCCAAACAACCCAGAUCAAGAAACUCAAGGAAGUGUGUGAAAAGGAGAAGAAAGAGUUGCAGAAGAUUCUGGAGAGGAAGAGACUGAACAGCAUCUGUGAGGCCAAGAAAGCAGAAAAAGAAAAGUCAGAGGCGGAGCUGAAUGAUAUCAAUAAAAAGCAUAUCUAUGAGUCGGUCAGCUUAAUCCGUCAGUUGGAAGUGUCUCAGGGGAAACGUCAAGAGAAGUUGAAAGCCCUUCACAAGGACAUCCUUCAGAAAAUGGAGGAGGAAGAUCCUCUGAAUCAGGCCCGCCUGACACGUGAAUGUGAUGCGGAGCUGAAGCGCCUACCAGAUGAGAUCUUUCUGUAUCUACAAGGGGAGCUAGAGAGCAAAAGCUCCCUGAAAGACACCCUCAUGAGUCAGGCCAAUCAGGACAGUUCCGGCCCGCCUUCCAACUGCAGCACACCCACUUACUCCUCCCCCAAUCACAGCUGGAGCAACAUCGGCAAUAUCAGUGCCUCAUUGCUGGACUCCCCCACCUCAAAAACUCAUGUCAAGUCAGAGACGGACACUACAGGAGUGUACUAGUGAUACUACAGUUUUUUGUUUUGCUUUUCUUAUCAGUCUCCUCAAUCCAUUUCUGUCCUCUUGAUUCUAAGUAUAGAUAUAGUAUUACUAAGACUAAGGAUUGCUUUAUUUUUUUGUUAUCCUGCAUACACUUUCCCACUUUGUCUGUCUGAUUUCAGAUCUUUUUACUUUCGUUUUAACCAAAGUCCUUUUAUAAUCCUUAAUUACAUUGGAUUUUUAUCUUAGCUUUAAAAACGUGGGCUCUUAAUGCUAAUGCCUGUGUGUAAGACACCUGUGGAAAGGGUUGGGUGGGGUAAACCUUUCAUUAUGUUCUCUAUUUCUGUUGUAUAGUGUGUACUGUGUAGCUCUAUGUGUAGUACUGCAAAUUGUCUUGAAGGUGGCAGUAGCGAAUGGGUGAAUUAUGAGGCUUGACUAAUGCUGAAUCUGAAUGGUACGUGUUUACAUAAAAUUGCACAGAUGGACUAUUGCUUAGCCAAUCUACAGUAACAUGAUUUCAACAGUAAAUUUCUUUUAAUGCAGCUACAUUGCAACCAAAACACUUUUCUGAAGAGAGUGAAUCGAUUAUCUUGUUUUGAGCGUGUUGUGUAUAAAUGUUUAAGUGCCUCACGUCGUCUUUUACUUAACUCUCUCUACCAGAUUAUGCUUUCUAAAAUCCUAUAAUCCUACUCUCUCUACUCUACCUCCCCCCAUAUCUGUCUCUGUUUAGGUUGGUUUAAUGUAAUCUAAUCCUGACUCUGAAAUUCUGUGUUAUUGGCAGUGAUCCCACAUGUCUCACACUCUCAAAUCGAUUGAUAUCCAGGAAACUUUCCAGACACUUUUUGUUAUUAUUUCUUGUUCCACCCCAUUUUUUUAUACAAACCCCUUUGAAUCCACUCACCCGGGUUCGAGUGGCGUUCAACUUCAUAUCCUAUUACUGAGAUGCUACACGCAAUAGUACUAUUUGUGACUGAGAUACUACAAACCCCCUCUGGCUUUUUUCAAGUCAGGUCUAUUCAGAGUCAUAACAUGUUGUCUAAUAUAAAUUUUUAAGGUGAGAUUAAAGCAAGACUUCCCCAGUUUAGCUCCGUUCACUGCAAUCCAAGGCUUUUUUUUAGUCCAUUAGAAAGGGUGAUGGUUGGAUUUGGCUUUCUGUUACUGUAAUCUGUUCUGCUGGCUCUCUGCAGUUCCUGUUUGCUUUAAUACAUUCGAUUCCAUCGCUUUUUCAUUCAUCUCUUGUGAACCUCCCAUAUCCCUUCUCACCUUUCCCCCCACCUCUCUCUCCUAAAGAGGUAGAUCACCAAAAACUCAACGUCAUGUUGUUCUAAGCCUGUAUGAUUUUCUAAGGAGAUGGUAGGUUGUAUAUUAGGCAGUGACAGCCUCAGUCACCACUCACGUUCAAAGCAUCUCCUUUUGUGUUUCACAGAAAAAAGAAAGUUGGUACAACAUGAGGAUGAAUAAAGUAAAUUUCAUUUGACACACACAUAUGUGUAAUACGGCGCUCGCUCUGCCAGCUGCACUCAAUGCCCUGCUAUCCUGGUCUCGGGUGCAUCAGUUGCACUAUAAAGCCAGUGAAUGAGAGUUUGCUUGGUGUUUUAUGAGCACUUUGAGAAAUACAAUCAAUUGCAGCACUUACGACUAUAAGCAAAGACAUUUGCUAAGUAACAGGCCUCAUAAUUGGCCUCUUUGACAAAUAUGCAACAUAGACGUGACAUUUACUCUCUCAGAUUGGAUGAAAGUAGAAAGGAUUUUCCUAGAUGUGUAAUUUACACAAUUUUGUAAAUGUGUGAGCGAGUGAGUGAUUAUACCCUUGGCUGUGUGAAUGGAUACUGCACAGUAGAGUUUAGAAGGCCAGAAGGGCACAAGCAAAAGGGCUGUUUUGAGAUGGGAAACACCAUCUUUCACUAUAAGGAAAUAAGAGUGUUGAGGAAUUGUGUUUGAGUGUGAAUGUACAUAAUUCAGCACAUAGUCUUUAUAGUGUGUUUGCAUGUUAAGUCAAUAGCGUUAUAUACCCAUAUGAACAGGAAUAAAUGGUACGUGCAUGUAAGUAUAUCCUCUCCAAAUUUCAUGUACUGUUGUACUUAAGGGCCAAAAUCAUUCUACCAGGAAAUAUUCAUGUGUAUUUCAUUGUAAACGCAUAACAGUUCUUAUGGAUCAUCAUAUAAUUCAUUCCUCUUUAGUCCACUACUGACUAGAGAAGAAGUGGAUGGUGCAGUCUGUCUUUGCUUGUGUGUCGGUUUAGGGAGGGGCACUUAAAAGUUCACUAUCUAGUGUCCCUACAACAAGCACACAUUACCGUGAUACCAAUCUGUCUUCUGCUGUCUGUCAUAUUAUUUGUUGGUUAAAUGAGGUGUAGGUGUCUUUAUAGAGAAACAGGCCAAAAAUUAUUUUAGAUAUUUUAUUUUAAAAUCAAACACUGCGUAGUAUGAUUCUCCAAUAUCACUUUUGUUUUCUAAAUAGCAAGCUGAAAGAAGGAUACGUUUCUUGUUUUUUUUUUUGGUUAAAAUUGAAAAGUGAUGGUUUUGACUUUGACCAGACAAAAUAGCAAAAUUUUACCAUUUUAAAUACCCAAUUUCUAAUAAUUAUUUUCCUUGAAAACCACUUUUUGUGUGUGUCUCGAAAUGGGACAAAAUUCAGGUUGUUGCUCUGAAUUUGCUCUAAAAUGUAAAUCCUGCCCUUUAAAUUCAGUUCUGCAUGGUUGCUAAGGUUUGGAGUUUUCCAAAGCAGACGUUUGCAUGCCAAUUCCAGUCUAUAACCAGACAUCCUCAGGGGAGAUCAGAACUUUGUCUUUUGACUCAUUUAUCCUAACUAUGUAAUGUUGGUGUUUAUAAUAAAACCUAUGAGGAUGGCAGUCAGACUUCAAGGGAAAUUACCUGCUUACCCAAGGGCUAACUUCUGCUCUGCCUCAGUUACAGCUUUAACCAAGUACAUAUUUCAUAGUUUCAGGAGUUUAUAGUUUAUUGCAUUCUCUCUCACACACAUUCUUUGCAUCUGUCUCUUUAUCACCUUCCUACUGAAACACUUGUUAACACUGUAUGUAGAUAAAGUACUGGUCUGCCUUGUUAAAGGGAAAAUUAUUACUCUGGAUGUAAUUUUUAUUGCCUCAAUAAAUAAUAUAACUGUACAUUCAAUAAAUAAGGAACAUUGUCA